AAACCCGAGACUCAACACGUAGGACGCGUGUCAACUACUAUUGGAUGGCCCUACCUUCCAUUGUCGCCACGCUUGAUUAUCAACACGUGGUGACCGCCUAAUGGCUAGGGCCAAUUUAUACGGAGAAAGACGAUUCCUCUAUUCUCUGAGACAUCUCUCCCCAAUACGCGCAGUCUCUAUUUUAUUAUUUCAUCAAUAUAUAUAGAGAUAAAUAUAUUCAGAUAUUUCCCUUAUAUCAUCUGCCCUAGAUUUUCUCUUUGCCAUUUCUGUGAACCCCCUCGAUCAUCUCCGAUCGUUUCCUAGAAACCAUGGCUAAUGCGGCGUCAGGUAUGGCUGUGCAUGAUGACUGCAAACUAAAGUUUUUGGAGUUGAAGGCAAAAAGAACUUACCGCUUCAUAGUGUAUAAAAUUGAGGAGAAGCAAAAGCAGGUUGUUGUGGAAAAGGUUGGUGAGCCAACUCAAAGCUACGAGGACUUUACAGCAAGCCUUCCUGCUGAUGAGUGCCGAUAUGCUGUUUAUGAUUUUGACUUUGUGACAGAAGAGAAUUGCCAGAAGAGCAAGAUCUUUUUCAUUGCAUGGUCGCCUGAUACAUCGAGGGUGAGAAGCAAGAUGAUUUAUGCAAGCUCCAAGGACAGGUUCAAGAGAGAACUAGAUGGUAUCCAAGUAGAGCUGCAAGCAACUGAUCCAACUGAGAUGGGUCUUGAUGUUAUUAGAAGCCGUGCCAGCUAAAUACAAGUCUCCUAUGCUGCAACGGGGAGUUCCUCCAUUCUCUCUGCUUUACUUUUAAGUGAGAUGUUAAUAGUUUGUGGGGCAGUGAAGCUGACUGAACUAUGAUAUUGGUUUGUUGUCCAAGUUACCUUACAGUAUUUUCUUCAUCUAGAACAAUUCACUGUUUUCAUUUAUAUUUUAUAAUUUGGCUGUGUGGAAA